AAGCAUCAGUACACAUUCAUAAACCCUCUUGGUCCCCACCCCACUAUCCCCUAUUCUGCUAUUCAUAGAGUUGAUUCAUUUAACAAUCUCACCGGCUUAGAAGAUCGAGAUUGGAACCGACGUGGGAUGAAGAUUCAGUGCAACGCCUGUGAGGUGGCGGAGGCGGUUUUAUUGUGUUGCGCCGACGAGGCGGCGCUGUGCAGGCCUUGUGAUCAGAAGGUGCACGCCGCCAACAAACUCGCCAGUAAGCACCAGAGGGUUCUUCUCACUACCUCUUCCAGUCAGAUGCCAAAGUGUGACAUCUGUCAGGAAACGUUUGGUUAUUUCUUUUGCCUAGAGGAUCGAGCUUUGCUUUGCAGGAAGUGUGAUGUUGCUAUACACACAGUAAACCCCUUGGUGUCUGCUCACAAAAGGUUUUUACUUACCGGUGUUAAAGUAGGCCUUGAGGCUGCAGAACCUGGUCCAUCUAUAUCCUUGGGGAAGUCCCUCUGUAAUGAGAAAACCUCAGAAACAGAGUCUCAUCAACUUCAGAAGUGGACCACGCCUGUGUCAUUGACUGGUCAACAUGUCAAAGCUUUACCUCUCCAAGCCAAUGGUGGUGAUGGUUUUAUAUCAUCGAAGUUACCUUCUGCUGGAGGUUCAGCAACUGGAGUUUCCCAAUGGCAGUUAGAUGAUUUUCUUGUUCUUGGAGAUUUCAAUCAGAACUAUAAUUUCAUGGAUAAUGGCUCAUCCAAGGCUGAUAGUGGGAAGCAAGGAUUGGAUCGCUUCUCAAGUUUUCAAGCUGCAGUUGGAGAAUUGGAUGGUGAUGAGCGUUUCGAGCAGGCGCCAGAUGCAUUUUUUACGGUGCCACAGAUCCUUUCUCCACCUACAUCAUCAGGGCUUUACUGGUCUAAAAACUACCAGAAGACAUCUGAUUCAGCUGUAUUUGUGCCUGAUAUAAGCUCUCCCUUGCGAAACUUCCAACACCAUCCUCAGUUGCACGGUACUACCUCAAAACGGAGAAGGCAAUUCUGAAUCAUGCUUCAAGCAUUUUACCCGUUCAAUGGUUAGGAUCCAGGUCGUGCUUUAAAGGUCCCUUGUUUAUUUUGCUUGGUUUGUUUGAGCAGUUAGCUGUGGGGAAACAUUUACUUCUCUUGUAUGUAGGUUUUGUUUCACUGUGCUAGUUUUCCAUAGUCUUUCUCGCAUGUAGGUUUGUUUCAAUUUGUUUUGAACUCGUCUGGAGAGUGUACUGAAGAAUAUCAUCAUAUAAUGAAAAUAUCACCCUUUGUUGUU